AUGUCAAUUAUCGAUAAUCUGUUUGAGGAAUUGGGGAAACCAACGACAAGUAAUACUUUCUUGUCGAAUUCUCUCGCUGGCUCAUUGCCCAUUCCUCUCCUAAUUCUCAUUCGAGCUUUGGUGUGGCAUCGCCGUUGGUGUGAGUUAAGUGGGCAUGACUACAGCGAGCGGAAGUGCGUUGAGGUCUCCGCUAAGAACGUAGAACACCACCUUCACGGUCUUGCAUCAGAAAACAUUCCUUAA